AUGUCGUCAGAUACUAAGUCGACUGAGCUGCCGGAUGAGAAGGCCGGCGUCGAAAAAUCCGAGGUCUUGGUCAACCAGGAUCUCAUGAACGAUGCCUUCGAUGGUGAGAACCGCGAGCAUGAGAUGGGCACGUGGCAGGCCGUUAAGAGCCAUCCCUGGGCUUGUUUAUGGGCGUUUACCAUGUGUUUCACGAUCGUCAUGGAAUCGUUCGACAUGUUCCUGAAUGGUAACUUCGUUGCACUUCCUGCUUUCCAAGAAAGAUACGGUGUCCCGACCGGUCCCAAUGAGUGGACCAUCCCUACCAAAUGGCAGAGUGCCCUCUUUCAAGCCGGCCAAUGUGGUGCCUUUGUUGGUGUCUUCAUGGCUGGGCCCAUCACUGACCGAUUUGGCUACCGCUGGACCACCCUCUUCGCCCUAAUGCUUAUGAACGCCACCAUUUUUGUUUCAUUCUUUGCCGACUCGCUCGCUCUCCUUGUGGUUGGACAAGCUUUGGAAGGUGUGCCUUGGGGCUUCUUCAUUGCAAACUCCCCCGCCUAUGCUAGUGAGAUUGUUCCGCUCUCUCUUCGAGGCGCCUGCACAGCCACUCUGCAAAUGAGUUGGUCUAUCGGUUCAAUUAUCGUCGCCGGUGCCACCUAUGGCUUUAACAAACAAACCGAUGAGUGGGCCUGGCGUGUGCCUCUUGCCCUGCAAUGGGUCUUCCCCACCCCACUCUUGGUCCUGAUCUUCCUCGCCCCCGAGUCUCCUUGGUGGUUGAUUCGUCGCGGACGCAAAGCCGAGGCUCUUCGCUCCAUCGAGCGCCUCGGUGGUAGCAACGCAGAACAUGCACAACAGUCACUUGCCAUGAUGGAGCGAACCGUCGAGAUUGAAGCGCAGAUGGGAGGCUCCCCUACCCUCCUCGACCUUCUCAAGGGAACCGAUUUGAGACGAACGAUCAUCACCUGUUUGAUAUACGCAUCGCAGAAUUUCGCCGGUAACCUGAUCGCCAACCAGGCCACUUACUUCUUCCAACAAGCCGGAAUGUCGUCCUCCCGCGCUUUUGAGCUCAACCUGAUCAACUCUUGUCUCCAAUUUGUCGCCAAUAUCAUCUCGUUGCCUCUUGCAUCUCGAUUCGGCCGUCGAACCAUCUACCUCUGGGGCACAGCGACCAACGUUACUCUACUGAUGGUUCUCGGUGUUUGCGCCUCGGUCUCCCAGAGUUCGGCGACCAACUACGCCCAGGCCGUGCUGGGAAUCUUAAUCUCCUUCGUCUUUGCCGGUAGCCUCGGACCCAUCUCGUACACAAUUAUCUCCGAGACGUCCUCGGUCCGUCUUCGCGCCCUCAGCACCGGUAUCGGUCGUGCUGCUUACUACGUUGCCGAAAUUCCCAUGAUCUACCUUGCCUCGCAGAUGCUCAACACCACCGGAUGGAAUCUUGCCGGCAAGUGUGGCUAUGUCUGGGGAGGUACCGCCAUCGUCUGCUUCAUUUCGGCCUACUUCUUCCUUCCUGAGCUCAAGGACCGCUCUUACCGUGAAAGUGACAUCUUGUUCAAUCGCAAGAUUCCGGCCAGGAAGUUCAAGACGACUGUCAUUGACGUUCGGGAUAACGAGUAA